GAGAUCGCAGCAUUUCCCUAAUGAAAUAAACCUAACGAUCUCUGUUUCUUUUCCUCUUUGAAUUUUGCUUCGAUCUCCAUAUAAGAAUGAUUUCAAAUCCAAGUUUAUUGUCAUACACUUGCAUUGCGAAAGGAACCGUAAUUCUCGCCGAGUUCGUUUCAAGGCAAGAGCCAGGAAUCGAAGCUAUAGCUUUAAGAUGCAUCGAGAAUACGCCUCCUCAUCAUUCAAUGUUCUCUCAUACAGUUCACAAGAAGACAUACACAUUCGCAAUCGACGAUGAUUCCUUUGUUUCUUUCGCGAUUUCUGAUGAAACUAUGGAGAACCUGAAUCAUUCUGGGAGUGUAGCGAGAGAGAGUCGGAAUCCGAGUAUUGAUUCGUCUAAAGGAAGAAGAGCUGCUUUGAUGCCACUUUUGGGGAAGCCAUUGAAAGCGUUGAAGAAGAAGAAGAGAUUGCAUAAUGAAGGAAAAGGAGAAGAUUCGUGUGAGGUUGGUUCGAUUCAGGAGAUAUCAGAGAAGAAUGUUGAUUUAUGUGGGAAUGGUAACAAUGGAGUCUUACGCAAGGAACUGAGAAAUGGUUUGUUGAGUGAUCAUCAUCAUAGACAAAAGGCGAAACAGAUAUGGAAGAAACAUGUUUGGGUUGUGUUGAUGUUUGAUUUCUGUAUCUGUGCUAUUCUAUUUGGAAUCUGGCUUUGGAUUUGUGAAGGGUUUCAAUGCAUUGAAGGGUAAAAAAAAAGUAUUCAUUCAUCAGUUUCUCUCUGUGUACAUCUCCAAAAUUCAUAUUGUUUCAAUCUGCAUCAACGUUGAUCAUUGACAUCUUCUGGGUAUUCGUUUUUUGGAUCGAAUCUGAUCCCUUUUCUUUCUUUCUCUGUUUUUGUCAAAUUCUUUUUAAUCUUCAUUAUUUUUUAAAGUCACAAAAGUGUUGUUUCCAGGAGGAAACUAGGUAUAGGUUGAAUCAUGGUUUACAUGUUAGUGAUAUGUUCAUUGUACUUUGAAAAUCAUUCACAAGCAAAAUGUGUGUUGUGUAUCUCUUUUUUUCUCGUUUAUCUUUUGCUGUAUAAUUCCAUAAAUGGUGCUGUGAUUG